AUGCUCUCCUACGACAACUCGAUGCCCGUCAACGGGGUCAACGGGCAGGACGCAGCGCCCUCGGGCCCUGGGCAGAGCGCCUCCAACAGGGCCUCGUCCGCCGCGGCCGGCGGUCGCGCGCAAAAGCACCACCACAUCUGGCUGGUUACCGGCCCCGCCGGGUGCGGCAAGACGACGGUGGCCGAGUACCUGGCGGGCGCGCUGGACGUGCCCUACAUCGAGGGAGACUCGUUCCACACCGAGGCCAACAUUGAAAAGAUGCGGAGCGGCGUCCCGCUAACAGACGCCGACCGGUGGGACUGGCUCACCGCCCUCCGCGACGAGUCGAUGGGCCGCCUCAACCGCGGGUCCGAGGGCGUCGUCGUGACGUGCUCGGCCCUCAAGCGCAAGUACCGCGACGUCAUCCGCGUCGCCGCCUACUACGACCACGACAUCCUCGUCCACUUCAUCUUCCUCAGCGCCUCGCCCGAGGUGCUGCUCGAGCGCGUCUCCAACCGCAAGGGCCACUACAUGGGCGCCAACAUGGUCAAGAGCCAGUUCGACAUCCUCGAGCCCCCCGCCCAGGACGAGCGCGACGUCUUCAGCAUCGACGUGAGCCGCAGCAUCGAGGACGUCAAGCGAGACGCACUGGCCACGGCCUCGGACAUUAUGCAGGCCGACCGCUGA